CAGCCACUGAAAAGUAUCGCAACCCAUCAAAAACCAAAAGCAAGUAGCAAUCGACACCACCAUAUAUAUAUAUAUAUAAUUGACACCCCCAAGCACCUGAUCCCUCAGACAUUUUCCUUUACUUUCUGCCGUUUGUUUCUCGAGAAAGUGCUUUCUUUUCCAUUUUCCUCCUCUCGUGUCAUUUGAAUUUGAUAAAUGAAGGCCGGUAAAAAGGCAAAAAAAGGUGGUGGAGGGAGGAAUGGAGGUGGUCCGAAGAACAUACCGGUGUCAUGCUCCGUUGAAUCUGGUGGACUGCCGGUCGAAAGGAUCGGCCGCUAUUCUCAGCGUGUUGGAACCGUCGGUCCAGUAUACCUCGGUGCUGAGGAACGAGACUCUGUGAGGAAAAUUAAUGGCAUGAGUAGCGUCGGAAAAAGUUCGGAGAGUCUUCCAAUGAAGGCGGCAAAAGAGGAGCUUCCCCAGUGAAGAAAGCCAAAAGAGUGGCGUCCCCGAUGAAAGCCAAAGAGGAGCAUCAUGAAGAGCACAAAGAGGCGAAGAAAGGCAAAGAGAAGCGUCCCCC